AUGAAGAUGCGCCGUCGCGGAAACAUCAAAGCUGAUGUGCUUCCGCCUGCUCUAGUCCAGCUACCCCCAGCUCCAGCACAUCCGGUUCAGCAAACCCCAUCAGCUCUCCCCAACCCCCAGAUCCUGCCUACUGCCAAUCUUCCUUCCAUCGAACUCGACAGAGGUCAAUUGAACUCAAUGUCCCUCGACCAGUCUCAACUACAUGGCUGUCAAAAAGGACCGCUCCAGGGUCGAUCCAAUGGCCUGCUCCCCUUGCCUGCGCCUCUUGAGUCAGCCCCACAGACUCAGCUUGGUUCCGGCUAUCUUGGCUGCAGCCGUCCUGUUACUUCGACUACAACAGUAGCCUAUAAUCUGAGGCGGAAAGCCGUUGCAGGACAGGCUGCAUUAUCCAGCGAGCCUCGAACAAAGCGUAUGUUCUAUGGGAGGCCAGUCGAGGCAAGUAUGCCAGAUCUUGUUACGCUGUUUUUGUCUGAUUCCCUAUUCUAUAAUUACAAAAAUUAA